AUGGUUGCAUUUACAGUACCAUUACUUGUCGUUUUACUCGUUACUAGUCAAUGUAUGUAUGCUUAUCCAUCAGCAUCAUCAUUGAAUACACGAUACAAUCAUCCAAUGAAUCUUCGAUUAAAACGUGACUUUGGAUAUUUACAACAUCAUGAAUUGGCAAAUAAUUUUAAUGAUUUUAUUCCAUCAAAUAUUGAUGAAAGUUUACAAUAUGCUUAUCCGAUUAACCAACGACAAAAUCGUAAACGUUUAAUUGACUUUUAA